AUGGGUAUCAAACAGCUCUACCAGGUGAUCUCCGAGAACGCCCCGGAUGCUAUCAAGACCGGAGAGAUUAAAAACCACUUCGGCCGCAAGGUCGCAAUUGACGCGUCCAUGUCGAUCUACAGUUUCCUGAUCGCCGUGCGGUCCGAAGGUCAGCAGCUGAUGAGCGACACCGGUGAAACAACCUCGCACCUGAUGGGAAUGUUCUACCGGACGCUGCGCAUGGUGGACAACGGCAUCAAACCGCUGUACGUCUUCGAUGGGGCGCCGCCCAAGCUCAAGUCCGGCGAACUGGCCAAGCGCGGCGCACGCAAGGCGGAGGCCACCGAGGCGCACGAAGAGGCCAAGGAGACCGGCACGGCGGAGGAGAUCGAAAAGUUCUCUCGGCGCACGGUGCGGGUGACGCGCGAGCACAACGCGGAGUGCAAGAAGCUGCUGAAGCUGAUGGGAAUCCCGUACAUCGAUGCGCCGACGGAGGCCGAGGCACAGUGUGCGGUGCUGGCGCGCGCGGGCAAGGUCUACGCGGCUGCGUCGGAGGAUAUGGAUACCCUGUGCUUCGAAGCACCCAUUCUGCUGCGCCACUUGACCUUCAGUGAGCAACGGAAAGAGCCAAUCCAGGAGAUUCACCUGAGUCGGGCGUUGGAGGGUCUGAAUAUGAAUCGAGCCCAGUUUAUCGACCUCUGCAUCCUGCUGGGCUGUGACUAUCUGGAGUCGAUUCCGAAGGUCGGCCCUAGCACGGCUUUGAACCUGAUGCGCGAGCAUGGCAGUCUGGAAAAGAUCCUGGAAGCCAUGCAGAACGACCCAAAGAAGAAAUACGUUGUCCCGGAUGAGUGGCCUUACCAAGACGCUCGGGAUCUGUUCCUAACGCCGGACGUGCGCGACGCGAACGACCCGGAGUGUGAUUUCAAGUGGGAGGCCCCCGACGUCGAGGGGCUGGUAGAUUAUCUCGUGAAGGACAAGGGCUUCAAUGAGGAUCGUGUACGCAACGGUGCUGCCCGGUUGCAGAAGAACCUGAAGAGCGCGCAGCAGUCCCGGUUGGAGGGAUUUUUCAAGCCCGUCGCGAAGUCGGACGCCGAGAAGGCGUCACUGAAGCGCAAGCAUGACGAAAAGAUCCAGGACCAGAAGAAGCGGAAGAAGGACGAGGCCAAGGCCAAGAAAGAGGCCAAGGCCAAGCCGCGAGCUGCGGGCUAG